CUGAAGCUGUCACUCCGGCACCUACUUGUUGGAGGAGCGAGCGGAGUUGCAAAGGGGAGCGGGCGCUGCUGCGGACGGCUCGGGGCUGACAGCGCGCGCGCCGCUGCCCCUCCGGCCCGGGCUGGUUGCAAAAAGGGUCGCCCAGCGGUGCCCGGCGAGCAGCGCGCCGCCUUCGCCGAUGCGAUUCCUGCCAGCCGCGGCCGGUCGAUGGCUCGCGGGGUGCUCGCGCGUCUUCUCUGAGCCGGUGGCGUUCAGCUGGGAGCAGCAGAGGCAGGCAUGCCGGAUCGCGGCCGGCAGCCCCGGGCACUCGUCGCCGCGGCGCUUCGGCUGUGGCUGCUGCUAACUUCGUGGGCGCAGGUCUCGGAGGCCUCGGGCUAUUUCGAGGUGCAGAUCAACUCGGUGAAGAAUGUCAACGGCGAACUGUGGAACGGGGACUGUUGCGAUGGCGUGAAAAACCCCCAGAACCUGGACUGUACCCGGGACGAGUGUGACACUUACGUGAAAGUCUGCCUCAAGGAAUACCAGUCCAAAAUCACGCCCACUGGAGCCUGCAGUUACGGCUCCGGAUCUACUCCGGUUCUCGGUGGAAAUACUUUUUACCUGACCAAUCGCAAUUUGCAUUUGGGGAAGACUCACGACAUGGGCAGGAUUGUCAUCAAUUUCCAGUUUGCGUGGCCGAGAGCAUUCACAUUAAUAAUCGAAGCCUGGGAUUUGGAUAAUGAAACUAAAGCUGACGAAGGCGAACGCAUCGACCGAGUGUCAUACGCCGGAAUGAUCAACCCAGAGGAUCGAUGGCAGACGCAGCAACUCAAUGGCCACGUUGCUCAUUUUGAAGUCCAAAUCAGAGUGAAAUGUGAUGAAAACUACUAUGGCCCACAGUGCAAUAAAUUCUGUGGCCCUCGCGACGACUUCGUGGGCCACUAUACAUGUGACCAAAAUGGAAACAAAGCUUGUAUGGAAGGCUGGAUGGGUAAAGAUUGUAAACAAGCUGUGUGUAAACAAGGAUGUAAUUUAAUCCGUGGGGGCUGCACUGUACCUGGGGAGUGCAAGUGUAAUUAUGGCUGGCAAGGACUAUUCUGUGAUGAGUGUGUCCCCUACCCAGGCUGUGCUCACGGGAGUUGCAGUGAUCCCUGGGAGUGCAAAUGCGAAACCAACUGGGGUGGGCUGCUGUGCAACAAAGAUUUAAACUAUUGUGGAAAUCACCAUCCAUGUGUGAAUGGUGGAACCUGCAUGAAUACAGAACCAGAUGAAUAUAGCUGUGCCUGCCAAGAUGGUUACUCUGGAAAGAACUGUGAAAUUGCUGAGCAUGCUUGUGUAUCAAAUCCUUGUGCUAAUGGUGGAACCUGCCAUGAGAUUUCGUCAGGGUUCAAAUGCCAGUGCCCUGCAGGAUGGAGUGGACCAACGUGUGCUAUUGAUAUUGAUGAGUGCGCCUCUAACCCUUGUGCCAGUGGCGGAACUUGUGUGGAUCGCAUUAAUGGGUUUGAAUGUAUAUGUCCACAGCAGUGGAUUGGGUCAACCUGUCAGCUUGAUGCUAAUGAGUGUGAAGGGAAACCCUGUCUUAAUGCUCAUUCUUGCAAAAAUCUUAUUGGUGGAUAUUACUGUGACUGCAUUCCAGGAUGGAAAGGACUAAAUUGUCACAUCAAUAUUAAUGACUGUCGUGGACAGUGUCAAAAUGGAGGGACUUGCAAGGAUGAAGUGAAUGGCUAUCGUUGCGCAUGUCUUCGCGGCUUCGCUGGCAAGAACUGUGAAAUAGAAGUCGAUGAAUGCGCAAGCAACCCAUGUCAAAAUGGAGGACGCUGUGAGGACCUGGUCGACAGAUUCUAUUGUGUAUGCCCGCAGGGUUUUUCAGGAGAAUUCUGUGAGAUUGAUAUCGACCUCUGCAAGCCUGACCCUUGCCAAAACGGUGCUAAAUGUUAUGAGCUGAGGGGAGAUUAUUAUUGUGCUUGUUCCGAUGACUAUGAUGGAAAGAACUGCUCUCAUCUGAAGGACCACUGCAAAAAUAAUUCUUGUAAAGUCAUAGACAGCUGUACAAUUGAGGUUUUCACCAAUGCUACCCAGCAAGCUGUUCGCUUCAUCUCAUCCAGUGUAUGUGGGCCCCAUGGACGGUGCAUCAGUCUACCAGGAGGCAACUUCACUUGUGCCUGUGAGAAGGGUUUUAUUGGCGCAUACUGUCAUGAAAAUAUUAACGACUGUCUGGGGAAACCUUGCAAGAACGGUGGGACUUGCAUAGACGAAGUGGACUCUUUUCGAUGCUUCUGCCAGAAUGGCUGGGAAGGAGAACUGUGCGAAAUCAAUGUCAAUGACUGCUUGCCAAAUCCAUGUCAUCACGACGGUCGGUGCAUCGACUUAGUGAAUGACUUUUAUUGUGAAUGUAGAAAUGGCUGGAAAGGCAAAACAUGCCAUUCACGUGACUACCAGUGUGAUGCAAACACUUGCGCUAACGGAGGGACGUGUUAUGACGAUGGGGAUACUUUUCGAUGCUCAUGUCCUGCAGAGUGGAAGGGGAGCACAUGCAACAUCGCUAAGAACAGCAACUGUGUUCCCAACCCUUGCCUGAAUGGCGGAACUUGUGUUGGCAGCGGAGAUUCCUUUUCUUGCAUCUGUAAAGAAGGCUGGGAAGGACGCACUUGCACACAGAAUACUAAUGACUGCAACUCCCAUCCAUGUUACAAUGGAGGCAUCUGUGUUGACGGAGUGAAUUGGUUUCGCUGCGAAUGUGCACCUGGGUUUGCUGGUCCAGACUGCAGAAUUAAUAUCGAUGAAUGCCAGUCCACUCCUUGUGCAUAUGGGGCUACUUGUGUUGAUGAAAUAAAUGGCUAUAGGUGCACCUGCCCUCCUGGAAGAGCUGGAACCAGAUGCCAGGAAGUGAUAGGUUUUGGAAAAUCUUGCUGGCUUAAAGGAAUGUCCUUUCCCCAUGGCAGCCGAUGGGAUCAAGAAUGCAACAGCUGCCAUUGUUUGGACGGCCGCAUUGACUGCACCAAGGUGUGGUGUGGAAGAAAGUCCUGCUUGUUCGCCAGUCAUCCGGACCAUGCGGCCUACCAAUGUCCCAAAGGUCAAGAAUGCCAAGAAAAAAUGUACAUCAAAUGUUUCCAACCACCUUGUGCCGACUGGGGAGAGUGCAGUGAAUCAGAACCCCUGCCUGUCAACAUCAAGUGUCAUCCCAGUUCAGGCUACUUGGACAACAACUGUGCCAGGAUCACUCUGAUUUUUAACAGAGACAAAGUACCCCAGGGCACAACCGUUGAAAACAUUUGCUCUGAAAUCCGAUACUUGCCAGUCACUAGAUCUGUUUCCAGUGACCGAAUGCUGGUGGUGUUGUGUGAUCCAUCCUACUCCAUAGAGAACGCAGUAGAAGUUGCUAUUUCUUUCAUCUCACAUCAAGAUGACACUGAUAACAGCCUAAUUCAGAACGCUGCCAAUACUAUAGUAAACGCAAUUACUAAGCGGCAAAACAGCACAGUGAUGUUGGCAGUAAUGGAAGUCAAAAUUGAAACCAUAGUAGUUGGGAGUUCUUCAUCAGAUUAUCUGGUUCCAAUCCUCUGUGCAGUUUUUAGUAUUGUGUGGCUCAUCUGUAUAAUAAUCUGUGUGUGGUGGACACGGAAGAGGAGAAAAGAGCGAGAGAGAAACCACCCGUCGCGAGUAGAGGCUGCCAAUAACCAGUGGGCGCCUCUCAAUCCCAUAUGGAAUCCUAUAGACAGACCGUAUGGUCCCAAAGACAAUCACUAUGAACGUAAAAAUUUUAUAGCUCAAAAAAGAACUUAUGAUGGGGUAGAGGAAUACACAGAGUAUGAGGAGGAAGAGGAGGAGGAGGAGAGAGAGGUCAUGGAAAUGGACAAAUUCCUCUCUCACAAACUCAGUAAGCCUUUGCCAGCAAAGGCAAUUGACUCAUCCGAGAACAGCCCUAUUAAGAAAUCUCUUCAGACAACCAAAAUGGACAACAGAUCUGUAAAAAAUGUGAACACGGCAAACCUUGAAGGCGGAAGAGACUAGAUCUGUGUCUGGACCAUAAGCCGCGCCAGUCUACGUUGAAUGGGGUCAGAGAAAAAUCUCCACGUUGCGUCAAGAACUUUAAAUGUCUGGGAGUCAAAUGUUCAUAGUUUAUUUUCAGUAAAAAAAAUAAGAAUGAAAAUAAUAAAAUAAAAAAUUAUUUUGUUUCUUUUAGCCUUGUAUAAAUUAUUCAAUGACUGUCAGACAAUAGAGUGAUCUUUGAUAGUUGCUAUUUUUGUAAAUUCUACUUAGAAUACGCUUGCUAUAUGGCAGAAGGGGGAAAUUUAUAUUUUCGAUAAUUUCGUAACGUUUGUCGUACAAUCCUCUUCGCUGUUUACAGAGUCCAUUCUCCUUAAAAAGAAAUCUGCUACAGCAGUGGCUUUAAAACCUCCUGGUAGAGGAAGUUGAUAAAACGAAGUCACAUCUGAUCUUUCAAUUCCUACAAGCCAGACCCUGCACUUAAUUUAUAGGUUCUUUCCCCCAAAAAAAAUUUGCCUUAUUUUUUUUUUUUUACGAAUAGCCUGUCUAUAGAGAUCUUUCAGACUGUGUUUGGAAAGAAAGAAGUGGCCUUUUAAAAAGUUUAACGUGUCCACUCGUUUUAUUUCCUUUAGGAUUGCAGUAUUGAAGCACGCGUCAAGUGCCUUGAAAUUAUAAAAGUUUUUUCUAUAGCAACUGUCAAAGACUGCCAUGCCUAUCUAAGUUUACCACAAGAUAAUGCUUGGGGUCCUCGGGCAGACGCAGUUUAUUUUCAGAUUGUAAGAGUGCUUUGGGGUUUUUUUUUUUUGUAAAUAUGUAUAUAUUUAAAUGAAUCACUUCUGUAUAUUUGAGUUAACUUAAAAUAUUUUUGGUCUUUUUUUUAAAAAAAAGAAGUCAUUCCUUUUUAAUUUAUGUCGCAGAAAGGGAAGUUUUAUGGCAGUUUCUAAUAAAGUUUAAAAAAAAACCUUAUUUUGGUAUUAUGUCCAUAUUAGAAAGUGACGUUCAUGAAAUCAAUGUUGGGAAUCCGUUGGUCACUCUUUUGUAUCGCCAUCAUUUCACAUGUAAAUAGGUCCAGACUGUUUCUUCUCAUCUCAAGAAUGCAGAGCGUAAGUAUACUGUAUAGUAUAAAGAUAACAAGGCAAUAUUUUUUUUCCUUUUGUGAUUGUUUAUUACACAUGGUAUUGCUUUUUUGCAUUUUUAAAAAAUACAGGCCUAAUGAAGGGAACAAUAUUUUUCAUGCUUCUGAUGUGCUUAUUCACUCUUCCUUUUUUUUUAAGAUUGGAAAACUCUUGCUGGAACUGGACGUUACGGCAGGCGCAUGACUACCACUAAAAAAGCAUCCCUGCGCCAUUUCUCUAUCCUUUCUCAUAACUUACAAGUUAUUCAGGUCACAAUGGAUAAUGACACUGCACUGAGAGUCUCCUUGUCUCUACUCCACUUCAUUGGCUGCUAUUUGGGGGUGGGGAAACUAUUGGUGUGAAGUCAUGCCUUGCCCUUCGUAUCACUACGGUCGUUUUCACACAUGCCGAAUAAUACACUUUCAGUGCGCUUUGCAUCUGGGUUUUGCUUUGUGAAAUGGCAAAAUCCACUUGCAAAUGAUCAUUAAGGUGCAUUGAAAGUGGAUUGAAAGUCCAUUAUACAGCAUGUGCGAAAGCGCCCUAGAUGACAUGGUUGAGAAAGAGGAAGAAGGCGUCUUGGGGCUGCUUUUCUUGGCAGCAGCCCCGCGCCUGCCGCAACAUCCAGUUCCAUUUAGAAGAUGGAAUACCUCACGAGAAAUGGUAAUACAUAACGGAAGGCUUGUGCAUUAUUUGUGGGUUUUUUUAAAGGCUUUAUUGCUGUUAAAACGGAUGAGCUAUUAUCUUUAAUUCUGGGAAAACAUAAUCCUACGUUACUUAGCUGUCCUAUCAUUGAAAAGAAAAUCAAUGUCUGUCUCUCUCCUGCUCUCUCUAUCUCUCAACAUUUUGGCCACUCAGCAAUGUAACCCUGAUUUUUUUAAAAAAAAUUAGUUAUUUUAUACAUGAAUGCAGGAAUUGCUUUGCAGGAACUUCUGUGCAGUACAUUUUGUUUGACAUGUUCUUCGAUAGCUUUCGGAAGAAAACUAUUUAUUAAAAGCAUUUUAUAACAA